AUGGUACAAGUUUUAGUUCCCACCCGCCUUCAUAUCACACCCUUUCUUCCGGCUAUUCCAGUUUCCCGCAAAAUAACCUGUACUAUCCCUGGACCAGUGGCGUCAUCUGGUUCCUCUUCUCCUUCUUCUUCUACUUCCCGCAGUUGUGGGCUUAGGUAUGAUAAAACUGAUGGACAAGUAGUAUCCCCAAAGAAGAAGAAGAAGAGAAGGAGGGUGUUCUUUCUGGAUGUUAAUCCUCUGUGUUAUGUUGGAAGUAAACCCAGCUUACACUCGUUUGCCAACUGGGUCUCCUUGUUCUUCAACCAAGUUAGCCUCUCUGAUCCUGUUAUUGCUGUUGUUGAUGGUGAAAGAGGAAGCGAGCACCGCCGGCAGUUGCUACCCUCUUAUAAAACACACAGGUGGAAGUUGUUGAGACAAUUUUCAAAGGGUCAUGUUGGAAGGUCACACGAAGUCAUCACUGCUGUUUUUACAAAAUGCAAUGUUCCUGUCAUAAAAAUAGAUGGCCACGAAGCUGAUGAUGUUAUAGCUACUCUUGUGGAACAAGUUCUACAAAUAGGAUAUCAAGUGGUGAUUGCAUCUCCUGAUAAAGAUUUUAAGCAAUUGCUUUCAGAAGAUGUUCAGAUUGUUAUGCCCCUUGAUGAUUUAGAGCGCUGGUCUUUUUACACCCUUAAGCACUACAUGGCUCAGUAUAAUUGUGAUCCGUGCUGUGAUCUGAGCCUCCGCUGCAUUAUGGGAGAUCAGGCUGAUGGUGUUCCUGGGAUCCAACAUCUGGCUCCUGGGUUUGGACAGAAGACUGCCCUGAAGCUCUUGAAAAAACAUGGCUCAUUGGAAACGUUACUGAAUGUAGCGUCAGUAAGAACUGUUGGUAGACAGUAUGCACAAGAUGCUCUUACAAAGUAUGCUGAUUACCUACGAAGGAACUAUGAGAUUCUUUCCCUUAGAAGGGAUGUCAAUGUUCAACUUAACGAGGAGUGGCUUGUUCCAAGAGACACAAGCAACGAUUCAGAAACUUUCUCCAACUUCUAUAAAUUCUUGGAAGAAACCAAGAAGUUCAGUUAUCAAAAUAAAUCUUUUUCAAAUGAUCAAGUUGAUAGCUAAUAUUUGGUCAGCAGUGCAAUGAACAUGGAUUGCCAGACCUAAGCAUGGUAAACCACCUUUCCUUGAUUAAUUUAUUUUUCCUGGAAAUGUCUUUAACAGAAUCCUUCAUAUACUCAGCUUUAAUAAGAUAGUAACCACUUCAGUCAUUUUAUAGUAAUUUACUUUUCCCACAUCAUUAUGAUGCUGUC